AUGGCAUUAGAAAGAGCGGAAGAUAUAAAAGACGCAAUUGGAAGAACAAUACAAAUAAUAUAUUAUGAAAUAGGUUUAACAGGCGGUAAUGAUGAUGAUCGGCUACCUCUUUUUCAUAGAAAAAAUUGUGAAGAAUUUUCAAAUCAACCUACUCCAAAUGUUCCUCCGGUAAAUCCUCAACCUUGUAAUCCUACUCCAACUAAUCCAAUUUCACAACAAAGCGACGAAAAUAAUGCUUCGCAAAGCAAUAAGCAAAAUGAACCAAGCGGAGAAGCGAAUUCGCCUGCUACUUCCUCAAAUACUUCUAGCCAAUCAACUAGUUCUUCUAGUUCAAGUAGUUAUUCUUCUUCUUCGGUUAGCGAUGAAAAUUCUGGUAGCAAUGAUACUCCUACAACAGAGACAGCGACCAGUGGUUAUGAUAGGGGCGAUUCAAGCACUAUUUCGGAACCUAAACCGAAAGACGAACCAACGGCUAGUCAACCUGCUUUUCAACCAGAAUUUUCUCUUUCGGCAGAACCGACACAAACUUCAACCGUUAGUCUACAAAUUGAAGCCAUUAAACAAAUUGAUAAUCAACAAAUCAAAAAAGCUAGACAGUUAGCGAAAGAAACCGUUAAAGAGUAUGUCCGACGGCAAAAAAUAACUGAUUAUGAGGAGAAAGAAUUAGCGAAAGAACUAGAACAAUUAACCACUAGUCAAGCCGUGGCGCAAAAGGUUCAACAAACUAUUAAUCAGUUAAAACAACAAAAGACACAAAAAGUUAGCCCUCAACAAAAUUCUUUCUAUGAACAACAAAAAAAUGGUCAGUGGAAAACUUUAAUUUCAUCCUUAGAAAGAAUAGUUGAAGAGGCUUAUCCAGAAGUUGAUUUUCAAGGCUUCAAAGGAUUUGAAGAACAUAAUCAAAGAGCUGGUCAUUGUGAAUUUGAUGCUUCCCAAAAUACCCAAACUAGUUACACCAAUGAACAAAAUUCAUCAGAAAAAAAUAAAGAAACUGAUACAGAUAAAUCAAAAAUCAUCCAAGAAAAAAAACGAGAAUUAGCGGAAAAGAAAGAGCAACUAAACGAACUUUUAAAAGAGGAAGAAGAAGCAAAAAAAGAACUUGAAGAAAAAAUAAAGUUAGAAAAAGAACUUACCGACAAAGUGAAAAAUGCCGAAGAAAAACUACAACUUGGAGAACUAAUCAGUGUUCUUAACAGGGAAUCAAGCAAAGAUUUAACUAGUUUAGCAAAUGCUUAUCAAAAAGUAGUAAAAACUAGUCCACUUUAUACUACUGCCAAGAAGUCUUUUGCUGAUAAUGAUAGAUUCAAUAAAAAAACAACUCGCAACGAGGGUAAUGCCAAAAAUAAUAAAGAAUAUUUAGAUAAUAUUUAUAAUGGUCUGCUUAAAUGA